AAACUCUCAUUUGGCUUCCCACAUGUCUCCUUUAUAAAUAGAGACACAAAGAUAACCUCAUCCUUCACUGUCUUCCUUUCCUUCUAAGAUCAUGGCUUCUCCUUUGUCCUCUUGGCCUUGGGAAAACUUUGGUGUCUACAAGUAUGUGCUGUAUGGACCAUUCAUAGGCCAAAUUAUGUACUCGAAUGCAUGGCAAAGCAUGAACCAGCAAGAUUCAUGGUGCCUUCAUCUUCUCAUACUCUUUGCACUGAGAGCUCUAGUUCAUCAACUUUGGUCCUCCUUCGGCAACCUGCUCUUCCUCACUCGUCGUCGAAGAAUUAUUAAAGCCGGCGUCGAUUUCUCUCAAAUUGACAAAGAAUGGGACUGGGAUAACUUCUUAAUCCUCCAAGCUUUUAUGGGAGCCAUGGCUUAUUAUCUCCUUCAAGGAAUUAGAGAAUUCCCAAAGUUUAAUCUAUUGGGGUGUUUCAUAGCUCUAUUGCUUCAUGUUAUGGUCACAGAACCACUGUUCUAUUUCUUCCAUAGAUUGUUCCACAAAGGCUCUCUCUUUACAAACUAUCACUCUCUCCAUCACUCCACUCUUGUUCCUCAAGCCUUCACAGCUGGAUUUGGAACACCAUUGGAGUAUAUAGUGCAAGGUAUGGUGAUGGGAGUGCCAUUGCUAGGGGCAUGUAUGAUGGGAUAUGGUUCACUUGGACUUGUGUAUGGCUAUGUGUUGUUGUUUGAUUUCUUGAGAUGCAUGGGUCACUGCAAUGUUGAGGUGUUCUCACAUGGCAUGUUUGAGACUCUACCCUUCCUUAGAUACCUCAUUUACACCCCAACAUACCAUAGCCUUCAUCACACUGAGAAAGACACCAACUUUUGUCUUUUCAUGCCUCUAUUUGAUCUUCUUGGAGGAACACUUAACAAGAACUCAUGGGACUUGCACAAAAAAAUCAGAAAUGGAAAGCAUGAUCAAGCACCGGAUUUCGUCUUCCUUGCCCAUGUAGUUGAUGUGAUCUCCUGCUUGCAUGUACUCUUUGUGUUUAGGUCUUUUGGAUCCAUUCCAUACAAAUUCAAGUUCUUUCUUCUUCCAUUAUGGCCUUUUGCCUUCUUAGUCAUGCUUGCUAUGUGGGCUUGGUCUAAAACUUUUAUUAUCUCUUUCUAUAAUGUUCGUGGUCGAUUACAUCAAAUUUGGGCUGUUCCAAGAUAUGGUUUUCAGUACUUUUUACCAUUUGCCAAGAAUGGUAUCAAUAGUCUGAUUGAGCAAGCAAUUUUAAGAGCAGAUAAAAUGGGUGUCAAGGUCAUCAGCUUAGCUGCUUUAAACAAGAAUGAAGCCUUAAAUGGUGGUGGGACAUUGUUUGUGAACAAACACCCUAAUCUUAAAGUUAGAGUGGUCCAUGGCAAUACUUUAACAGCAGCAGUGAUCCUACAUGAGAUCCCCAAAGAUGUUAAACAAGUAUUCCUCACUGGUGCAACCUCCAAACUUGGAAGAGCCAUUGCCUUGUACCUUUGUACAAAAAACAUACGUGUCUUGAUGCUCACACCUUCAACUGAGAGAUUUCAAAAGAUUCAAAAGGAGGCUCCUGUGGAGUAUAGACAUAACUUGGUUCAUGUUACAAAGUAUCAAGCUGCACAAGAUUGCAAGACUUGGAUUGUCGGCAAAUGGCUUUCACUUAGAGAGCAACGAUGGGCUCCACCUGGCACUCACUUUCAUCAAUUUGUUGUGCCACCUAUUAUUGGUUUUAGAAGUGAUUGUACUUAUGGAAAGUUAGCUGCUAUGAGAUUGCCUAAAGAUGUGGAAGGGUUAGGAAUGUGUGAGUAUACAAUGGAGAGAGGAGUGGUGCAUGCAUGCCAUGCAGGAGGAGUAGUGCAUUUCUUGGAAGGAUGGCAACAUCAUGAAGUUGGUGCCAUUGAUGUUGAGCGCAUAGAUGUUGUUUGGGAAGCUGCAAUGAAACAUGGCCUCUCUCCUGUUUGAUGAUGAUGAUGAUCAUCAUCAUCUAUUAUUCAAACAAAACAACAUGAUACACAUACACAUAGUCCACAAUUAUCUAUCAAUAAAUAUAUAUAUAUAUAUUUAUAUGUUCAACCCUUUCAUCCAAUAUAUAUUAUCCAUCCUUCAACCUUUUUAUCUUUUUCCUUUUCUAUUUUUAAUGUCAUUCACUCACUGUUCUAUUGCCAAGAUGUAGAAAGGGCAUAGUUUUCUUUUUUUCGUUUUUUGGGUAAUUAUGUGGAGAUGAAAUGAAGACGAAGAAAUGAUCCUUUGUGAUUGAUUUUAUCAAUUAAUGUGUGUAGUUAAUCACACACACUCAUUUGUUAGAAACAAAGCGAUGAUUUGUCUUGAGAAUAUCCAUUUAAAUCUUCUUUAUAAUGUAAUGUAUUUUUUUUUU